GUACUUAGUGAUAAGUAUGCGAAUGUGUCUGCUUUACUAACUGUUCAGGUUGACUAACUUCCAUUAGAGCAGUUUUCUAAUCUGAUAGUGCAAUUAGUUACAAAGGAGUUGCCUGUUUCUAAUGAGGAAGGAACAGUAUUGGAUAGUUAUGUUCACCCCCAGGCACUCGCCAUUUUAGUGCAUGCCACACUCUAAGUUGGCUCUACGCCUCAUAAUGGAAAGCUGAGCUGUACUAUUCCGAGUACAGUGAGAAAUGCUGCAACAUACUAGUAUAUAGAGACCUGACAAAUGCAACCAUACCUACAUUAUGCAUAAGCAACCAUUGCACCAUUUGCUUCCUAAGUACUCUCUCCCACAGGUGCACACUAACUAUACAGAUAUUGGCUGUGUGCUGCCAUCCUUUGCAUUUAUGCUGCCACACCAUCCCUAUUACUGGACUUUGUAGAUGGAGAAUGACCCUGGGGUUGCAAAUGUGGGGUUAAGGAAGCUGCGAAGCGUCUCUGGCUAUAAUAUAUGGCAUUCAGAGUUCAUUCGCUCACAAGAUUCCAAGUCCUUUACUACACUGGCUGAGAAAAAUGCCGAGUCUGGAAGAAGAUGGAAUACCCUAUCUUUAGAACAAAAAAGUCGUUACAGGGAUGAAGCAGCAGCAUGCUCUACUCGUUUCAGCAGACACAAUAAAAAGCGAGAGGUGUCAAGAGUGCUGAAACAUCUGGAAGGAAUAAGUGAACAUGCCGAUAUGGUACCAGGGUUAGAGUUGAUGUACAUUGCUGUAAGCGGUGGAAAUCACUUUGUUGGUGGGACUGGACUAAUGAUGUUGAUGAAUCCUCGGAGUUUAAUACUUCAGCCAGAGGUGAAGACAUGGAAUCUUGUCAAUCAGCUUCCGAGCUACCCGUACAGCCUAAAGCUGUGUUUCACGAUCACUGUUACUGUAAGUGCCAGUAUUAACUCUUGAAUGGUGGACUUUUGUGGUGUGAUGUUCAUUGUCGUGUAAUUCACUGUCAUGUAAUUCACUUUCAAUCCCAUUAUACGUCAUGAUAAAUGGACAUGAACUUAUACGU